UCAGUCAGAGGAGUGGACGCGGUGCCCUGUUCGCGUACGCAAGGGCCAAGGAGGAGUUCGCCGCGGAGUCCUCCAAAAUUCGCGGGGAAAAGAAAAAAGGCGGAGCCGCCGAGCGGAGGCGGCGGCGCGGGAGGGAUGGAGUACCGCGACAAGCUGGUGCUCGCGCCCAUGGUUCGCGUGGGUACCCUGCCGUUUAGGCUACUGGCUGCUGAAUAUGGUGCUGAUAUCACUUAUGGAGAAGAAAUAAUAGAUCACAAGUUCUUGAAGUGCGAACGUGUUACAAAUGGAACUCUCGGGACUACUGAUUUUCUGGAGAGAGGGACUGAUAGUGUAGUAUUCCGAACUUGCCCACAAGAGAGGGACAGGGUUGUAUUCCAAAUGGGAACAUCAGAUGCUGUGAGAGCAUUGAAAGCUGCACAGAUUGUGUGUAAUGAUGUUGCUGCUAUAGAUAUCAACAUGGGUUGCCCCAAAUCAUUUUCUCUUAGUGGUGGAAUGGGGGCCGCAUUACUCUCCAAACCUGAGCUUAUUCACGAUAUUUUGACCACUUUGCGGAGGAACUUGAGCACAACUGUGACAUGUAAAAUCCGUCUUCUGAACACACGUCAGGACACUGUGGAGUUGGCACGCCGAAUUGAAAAGAUUGGUGUUCCAGCUCUUGCUGUCCAUGGACGAAAGGUCAAAGACAGGCCAAGAGACCCUGCUAAGUGGGAUGAGAUUGCAGACGUUGUGUCUGCACUGUCAAUUCCAGUUAUAGCUAAUGGAGAUGUGUUUGAAUAUGAGGAUUUUAAAAGAAUUAAAGAUGCUACAGGUGCUGCAUCUGUAAUGGUUGCUAGAGGCGCAAUGUGGAAUGCCUCAAUUUUUUGUCCCAAAGGAAAAACACCUUGGGAGGAUGUCAAAAGAGAGUAUGUGAGAAAGAGUAUUUUGUGGGACAAUGAUAUGAAGAGCACAAAACAAACUAUAAAAGAAAUGAUAAUGCACUAUUCUUGCCUUGAACUCCCCGAAGGGAAAGGUGUGAACAAGUGUGAUACAGCAGCUGAUUUAGCGAAAUUAUACGGGGAAGAGGGAUACUAUAAUUUCAUUCUUUCAAAAAGGAACUGAACAAUUUUG